AUGUCAACCUCUCACUCUAAUGGGAGGCGGGCAGUGGAGGAGGAGAGUAAUGCGGCCAGUCGGGGCUUUAGGCAAGUGGCUGGUGAGGCUUCACGAGACAUUCAAAAUGUCGAGUCGGAGAAUUUCCGUAGCGAAAGAGAGCUGAGUUCCAAGAUGAGCUCGAGUGCUCGGAAAGGGCAAGAACUUCAAGUUGAUCUUGCAGAUAUUGGAAAGGAUAUGGAGCAUGUGAUGGCGGAGAAGGCGCAAGACUUGGCUGAGGAAUCGAAUCAGUUCACACGAACUCUGGAUGAGCAAGCUCUCAGCAGCGAACAUGAGGUCGAUUCCUUGCGAGGGCACUUCUCUAAGAUUCAAGGAGGCCUUGAGAAGGAUAUCCGGGCAGAGUUGAAAUCUGGGCUUGAUUUGACCAGCGGCCGCACGAAGGAGGUGUUGGCUAAGGCGCAGAGUGAGCUCGAUCACGGCCAGAAGCAGUACCUGGCAGACAAGACACGAUCAAGU